AUGGUCCCUCUCACAUUGGACAUAUCCGAGUACCUGCUCUUGGUGGUAACUGCAGCCCUUGUGUACACAGGCACCAAGGUUAUUUAUCGCCUAUACUUCUCUCCACUGGCCGGAUUUCCCGGCCCACGCUUGGCAGCAGCAACUAGCCUCUAUGAGGCCUAUUUCGACAUCGUGAAAGGAGGCAAGUUCAUGUUCGAGCUUGAGCGUUUACACGACAAGUACGGUCCUAUCCUCCGCAUCAACCCUCACGAGAUACAUAUCAAAGACCCAAACUUUUACGAUACCUUAUAUGGUGGCCCAUUAAAUAAAAGAGAUAGACUGCCCUCGUUUAUUCAAACUGGAUUGCCCCUGGCAACCUUUGAGGCUGCGCCACAUGGUCUUCAUCGUGAGCGGAGGAAAUUAUUGAGCCCUUUCCUUUCAACACAAUCGGUUACAGCCCUCCAGCCUGUUGUUCAGGAAAAGUUGGAUCUGGUUUGUAGCCACCUGUCAAGAAGGGUUGGCACAGGAGAGGUUCUGGACUUGCACUCUCUCUUUGCUUCUUUCGCCAUAGACGUGAUGUCUACAUAUAUACUUGGCCGCGCGCAUUCUUAUGCGUACUUGGACAAGGCAGAGAUAACGGAUGAAUGGAAGACAAAUGUGAACAGCAUCUUUGAGGUGCUAAUUCAGAUCCGGCAUAUUCCAUUCAUCUUCAGACCAGCACGCAAGUUUCCUAGGAUUGCUGCCUGGUUGUUCCCCAACUUUUCCGGGAUUCAUCAAUUUGAGAAGAAAAACCAUGAAAGUGUAAAAGCCGUGUACGAAAAUCCAGAAGGGGAUUCGAUGAUAUCAACUAUACUCUCCAACAAGAAACUACCUGCCAAGGAAAAAGAGCUCGACCGACUGGACAAUGAACUACAUUUUUUGUUAUUUGCUGCAACUGAUGCACCGACUCAAGUAAUGGCAAUCACUCUAUUUCAUCUCCUUUGGAAUCCAAAAACAUAUCAAAAGCUCAAAGACGAGUUAGAUGAGGCUUUCCCCGUUCUGUCCGAUGCUGACUGGACAAAGCUAAAAAGUCUUCCCUAUCUGUCUGCUGUGGUAAAAGAAGGUCUACGGAUUUCCGCCGUUGUGACAUCAAGGCUUCCGCGUAUUGCACCAGAUGAAGCUUUACAAUACGAAAAAUGGACCAUUCCACCCGGGACGCCUAUUGCCAUGACCAUCCAUUCCGUUCUACGAAACCCUGAAGUAUAUGCCGAGCCGAUGAAAUUCAUCCCAGAACGCUGGAUAGGCUCUGCCGAGGAAGUCCGUCAAUUGGAUAAAUACUUCGUUCCGUUUGCAAGGGGAAAUUCAAGUUGCAUGGGUCAAAGUAUGACCUACUCGUGGCUGUACAGCGUGAUAGGCACCGUGAUACGCAAGUUCCAAUUGGAGCUUCACGAGACAGAUGAGAAGAAUGUUCAUAUUGUCCGAGAUUGCUUCAAUGGACAGACAGCCCCUGGGCUCAAUGUGAUUAAUGUCAAGGUGGCUAAGGAGUUCAACUAG